AUGUCGUCGUCGUUCUCAACAUCGAACCUCACAUCUAGCCAACACCAGCACCAACAGCACCCUUCUCAGCAGCCCCAGCCCCAGCAGCACCGAUGGAGUCGCCAUGACUCGGGCGUCUCGGUGUCGUCCAUCACGCCAGCCUGCGUGUUCGCAGGACAGUCGGACCUGUCGAUCGCCUCCCUGUCCGAGAGCCCGUUCAGCUCUUCAUCCGACUCUGAUCAAGCAUCUUCACCACGCUCCGUUGCCUCGUCGAGUGCACCCUCACCGGCAUCGUCCAUCGCGUCAUCGCCGUUCCUCUCGCCAGCAAAAGGCCUGUCGCUCUCGCCCGUGCUCGAUCAGCUCUCGCUCUCCGGUGGUCAGCUCGAUCUGGACCCGCUCAAGCCCAACCCGACCCAGCUCGCAGCCUAUGCAUCGAGCAUCGUACGCAACGAAGCCUAUGCCCUCUUGGCUCUCGCGGCGAGGCUCGCCCCGGCGGCGCAGCCGAUCGUCGAAGAUGAAGCUCCCUUCGCGCAUCAUGACCUCUUCCCCGGCCCCGGCUUUGGCGCUGAAGAUCGCGCCUCGGACGUCGGCUCGCUCGACAACGAAGACUCGUCGGUCGAAUCGCGGGCAGAGUCGAGAUCCAACAUCGCCUUCCGCAACGUCAUCGACGCUCUUUCCUCCCUCCCCGCCCACGGCAAGAUCGUCGUCACGGGUGUUGGAAAAUCCGGUCUCGUCGGCCGAAAGAUGGUGGCCACGUUCUGUUCCCUCGGUAAGCUGCCUUUUCCGAGCUUGCAUGGCAUCGUUUCUACGCACGCAAACACGUCGAGCUUCUCCGAUCCGUCAAAUUGACUUGUGUAAACCAACUCUACCUCUACCCAGGCAUCCAAUCCGUCUUUUUGCAUCCUCUCGAAGCUCUACACGGCGACCUCGGAGUCAUCUGCCGCUGUUCGCCCACCUCGCCGUGCGACGCGCUCCUCAUGAUCUCGCACUCUGGCGCCACGGCGGAGUUGAUGCGACUGUUGCCCAUCAUCCGACCUCGUGUACGAACACUGAUCGCCGUCACGCGCGACCCCGAUUCGGUCCUCGCACGUGCUUGCGCCGGCUGGCUCGAUGCCGGCACGGGUGCCUCGACCAAGAGCGCCGGUGAGAAGGUCACGGACGAGGCCGACUCGGCUCUCCCUGCUCCGACAAGCAGUGUGGUUGCGGCUUUGGCGAUCGGCGAUGCGGUGGCCCUUACACUGAGUAAGAUGCGAAUCGGAUGGGGUCGAGACGGCAAGGCCCGAAGAGCGGAUUUCCUCAGGUGUCACCCCGGAGGUCAACUCGGCAUCGAGGUGAGCUCUUCGACUAUUGCUUCUUUGCAACCUCACGCUUGCUCAAGAUACAUGUAA